UUUGAGUGAUUAUUAGCAUCAUCAAUCAUGGAGUCAAGGGAACAAUUGAAGGAAGAAAGCGCUGAACAAACUGCAAAAGAUCUUGAAGAAGUUAACAAAGCUAGAAACCAUGAUCAUGAUGAACAACAACAACAAAAGCCAGGUGUAAUUGGUUCAGUGCUAAGAGCAGUUCAUGACACAUAUGAAAGUGCUAAAGAUGCUGUUGUUGGCAAAAGAGACAACACUACUACAAAUGCAGCAUCAUCAGAUAUAACUACAACAAAUACAGGUGAAGAAUUGGGAGGAUUUGGUGCUGGUGAAGUCAGAGAUAUCUCUAUUGGAAAAGCUAAGAAUGCAAAAGAUUAUACAAAGGAACAAGCUGAUUAUGCAGCUGAAAAGGUAAAAGAAUCAAAAGAUGCUACAAUGGAAAAGGCAGGUGAAUACACAGAUUAUGCAUCACAGAAAGCAAAAGAAACAAAAGAUGCUGCAUCUCAAAAAGCCAAGGAAGCUAAAGAUGCAACCAUGGAUAAGGCUAAGGAAGCCAAGGACAAGACAGUGGAAAAGGGUGGUGAGUACAGAGAUUAUGCUUCGGAGAAGGCGAAGGAAGGGAAGGACACCACGGUGGGGAAGCUUGGGGAGCUGAAGGAGAGGGCGAUGGGUUUCUUGGGAGGCAAGAAAGAAGAAACAAAGCAGAAGAGUGCAGAGAGAUUUGAAGAAACGAAGGACAAAGCUUAUGAUAUGAAGGAAGGAACAAAGAACAAGGCUUCAGAAACUGCUGAGGCAGCAAAGCACAAAACCACCCAAGCUAAGGACAAGACCAAGGAAAACUUGAGCGGAGCAGAGGAAGAAGCAAGGAGGAAAAUGGAAGAGCUGAAGGUGGAAGGUGGAGGAGGAUACAACAGAGAUCUGGAAACCGCCGCCGCCGGAGACAAGCCGUCAACAGUGAGAUUGCAAAAGACGCGACCGGUUGCGGUGGCCGAAGCCCUGAAAGCAUCUGACCAGAUGACAGGACAGGCCUUCAACGACGUCGGACGGGUCGACGGCGACGAUGAAGUUUCCAAGUAAAACAAUGAAAAUAAUACUACUACACU